AUGUCCUCAGUUGCAAGUGAGAGUCUGGCGAGCGCAGAAAGACAGGGCGCACUGACGCCCCAAACGGAGAAGGAGCAGUCCGAGCUGGCGGAGAAGUCGCUGGGCAUGCAAAGCACUAUUCCCGCUACGUCCACGACGUCUCCCGAGCCGGGGGAGGAUGAAAUGGACUAUCCCUCGGGGCUGAGGCUUUGGUUACUGACUAUUGCCCUGUUUUUGAGUGUAUUCCUGGUCGCUUUGGACAACACAGUCAUUGCAACUGCCAUCCCAAAGAUCACGGACCAAUUCAACUCAUUGAACGACGUGGGAUGGUAUGGCUCCGCAUAUAUGCUCACGACCGCUGCUACGCAAUUGCUCUUUGGAAAACUCUACACGUUCAUGCCUGUCAAGUGGGUCUUCGUCUCAGCCAUCGUCGUUUUUGAGAUCGGAUCUGCUAUCUGUGGUGCUGCGCCCAAUUCCAUCUCGCUCAUUAUCGGCCGUGCGAUUGCCGGGUUGGGCUCGGCCGGUAUUUUCUCCGGUGCCAUGAUCAUCAUCGCGAACACGGUCCCACUCAGGAAGAGGCCAAUAUACAGCGGCAUCAUUGGUGCGACAUUCGGGAUCGCCAACGUUGCUGGCCCUUUGAUGGGUGGUGUAUUCACCGACAAAAUCACUUGGCGGUGGUGCUUCCUCAUCAAUCUGCCUCCUGGCGCAAUAACCCUUCUCUUCCUCAUCUUCUUCUUCAAGAUGCCGGGCAAAGCCCAGGUCAAGAAGGAGAUGUCUUUCAAGGAGAGACUGAUGCAAUUCGACCCGAUUGGUACCGCCAUCUUCAUCCCUGCGAUUGUUUGCCUGCUUCUCGCGCUGCAGUGGGGUGGAACCCAGUACGCGUGGAAGGACGGCCGUAUUAUUGCACUCUUUAUUCUCUUCGGGUUCCUUAUCUCGGUUUUCAUCGCCGUCCAGGUCCGCCAGGGUGACCAGGCCACCAUCCCCGUCCGCAUUUUCAUGCAGCGCAGUGUCUGGAGUGGCACCUGGUACGCGUUGUCUAUCGGUGUAGGGCUCGUCAUCUUCUCGUUCUACCUCCCUAUCUAUUUCCAGACGGUUCACAACGUCUCCGCGCUCAAAUCCGGCAUCUCCACCUUGCCCUUGAUCCUGGCCGUGGUUGCUUCUUCGAUUCUCGCUGGUGCACUCGUCACGCGGCUGGGAUACUAUGCGCCGUUCAUGAUCGUGUCCACUGUAGUUUCCACCGUCGGUGCCGGGCUGAUCUCCACCCUCGGCGUGUCUUCUGGUGCCAACAAGUGGAUUCCGUACCAAAUCAUCCAUGGCUUCGGUCUCGGCCUGGGAACGCAGCAGCCCAUGCUGGCUGUGCAGGUAGUGCUAGAUAUGGCUGACGUCCCAACUGGCUUGUCGAUUAUCAUGUUUUCGCAAUCAAUCCGUGGAGCGUUGUUCGUCUCCGUCGGCCAGAACGUUUUCAACAAUAAGCUGGUCACCGGAUUGGCCAAGUACGUUCCAGACCUCGACCCGAACGUUGUUUUGUCCGCGGGUGCUACUGCUGUUCGCUCGAACGUCCCUGCUGACAAGCUUGCCGGCGUACUGCUCGCCUAUUCCGAUGCUCUUGACUCUGCAUUUUAUGUCGCUGUGGCGAUGUCGGCCCUGUCCAUCAUCGGCUGCUUGGCAAUCGAGUGGAAAAGCGUCAAAGCCAAGAAAGUGCAGACGGACACGGCCAGCUAGUCCAUACCCUUUGUUGGAAUUGAUGUUCGCGCGAUGCAGACAGGCUGUCCUGCAACUUCGGAUAGAUUUUUGGCAGUUUUCCAGACACUGACAAGCGGCUGUUGGAACCUUGUAGUUUCUUCGUUUACAAGUAUGUAAACCAGCAGAAUAGAGUGCUGCAGUGUCUGUUUGUCCUAAAGCAACUCGAA